AUGUGGCAAUCCGACAGUACUGAUUUCCAAUUGGAUCCGGAUGAAUUGUCCUACUCGGAAAGUAGCUAUCUCACAUUCACACGACCGUAUCGAGCCGUCAGUCAGACAAAUAUAACCGGUCGACAACCGAUGCAACGAAACCAGUGGAUUUCCGAAUCCAAUCUGCGUACGACCACCACGUACAAGCAACCACCGAUGUACUCCACGUAUUCGGCCCAUCGGGAAAAUAUGCGAAAAAUGGAAGAAUUGCGUCGAAAUGCAGACGACUGGGCUUCCACUCGUCAAUUGGAAGAAUCCAAGUCGGCCGCAGGAACAGAGGUACUGGAAGAGAUGGAAACAAUCACUUUGCAGCCGAUCGGUCGUGGAGUGCACGAUCUGGAACCAACUGGAUCAAUCGCACGUUCGUAUCGAGCCAACACUCCGACAGGAACCAUUGUUGGUCCGAAUUCGCCUCUCAUUUCCCGUCCUCAUUCAUCCGCUGCACGAAUCUAUCCCUAUUCUCCGGGGCCUCGACGUCAAUUUAGAUCUGAUAUGUCUCAGGCUUACUAUGAGGCUGCUAAUGCUCGUCUCGACUCGAACAGCAUACUCGCCUCACCACAACCGACCCUGGGGACGGUUGUUAUGCCCAAUCGUAGUCGUUUGGGCAGUAUAUCAAGCGAGCACGAUGUUCAUUCGUCCAGACAUUUCAGUUUUCAACGCGUCAACGAUCGGCUCGGUUCGAUCUAUCAUGGCCAAUUCACGCGUCCCGCGCCUAACUCCACACCGCAGACACGGCGUCCACUAUCACCCGGGUUUCAUAACUCUAUCCGUGCGAGCCGUACGAAUGCAACACCGACCAGAGAGUUGGUCAGUCCCAUGUCACAAGAUGGUCGAACGAAUUACCGGGAAAAUUCGAUAAACUCCCGAUACGCUUCCCUGGCAUUCACACCGGGACCGGAUCAAUCGGACGGAUAUCGUACGAUUGCGACCACAAAUUUGCAUCGGGAAGUGCAUACCUCGGGUGCCGCAUCACCGUACGCCGGAACGCAUCAGAACACAUUCUACGAGAACACAAAUCGUGGAGUGGACUCUCGCUACCGGGUCGUGAACAAGCAAUCAGAGACUCAUUGGCGUGGAACGGAUUCAUUAAAUGCCACCUACCCGGGCUCGUUUGCUCGCGCGGGCAGUGUGAGCGGUGUCAGUGGGCACGUGGACUUGGUCGACUCGGAUCAGGGACUGCUUCGGCAGGUGAAAGACACGUUCAUGGAUUGGUAUUUGCCGGAGAAGACAAGGGAAGAAGUGAACGCGCUGCUUCGUGACAAAGAACCGGGCAGUUUUAUUAUUCGAAACAGUAUCUCAUACGUGAACAGUUUCAGCAUCGGGUUGAAGAUUCCACAGAAUUCUCCGCACGUGCCAACCAGACCAGAUGACAUCAAAUCCGGUUUCGUGCGUCAUUUCAUCAUCGGCACCGUGCCCAUGGUUGAUGGUCGUGGAGACGGAUUGCAACUGUGCGGUUUCGCCAACCAACCUGUGUUCCCCAGUUUGGUCGCUUUUGUGCAUCAUCACAUACUCCAGCCCGGACCGUUCCCUUGUGCACUCCGACUGCCUGGCGGAAUUGGGCCAAGCACCAUUGUCCCCGUACAAAAUGCUCGUAUGAAUUACACCUCACAGACCAGUCAAUAUUCCGGGGUGGUCGGAUCCACUGGAGUGACAAGCGCCGUGGACGGAACGAUUGGCGUCGGAAGCGAUGGUAUUGCUGCCGAUAUGCUAUAUCUGGGCCAGGUUGAGGUAGAUCGUCUCGAAAGUGCCGCCGCUGUACGCCGCGCGAUUACACAAAUUCUCUCACAGGCCGCUCACAGCCCGACCGGAUUGCCAAAACGUUGUGAAGUGUUGAUCAAGGCAAUCCCACAUGACGGGAUCACGUUUGUGGACAAAACGAAGAGAACUAUGCUACGCAAACACAUCAAACCAUCUCAGCUGCUCUGGUGUGGAAUCGAUCCGGAGAAUCGGAGUUUCCCUGAUCCUGAACUGCGUGCUAGAGGUUUGCCUUCAGCAAGAACGUUCGGUCUGGUGGCUCGGAGACAGCACUUCUUCAUGCAUGAGAAUGUGGUUUAUGUAUUCUCCGAACUGGAUCCUUCACAAUCAGCAAUCAGCAAUCAACUUGUGUCAUUACAUCAAUGGUGUUUUUUCUAG